AUGACCCACUGGGAGCGAGUUCAAAACGCCGCAUUGCGUUCCCUGUCUCGAGUCAAUCGUUUUCGCCAAUCUUCUUCUGAAAAUGCAGCUGAAAUGAGUGAGCAACUGGCUCAAACUGAUAUAAUACCAGACGAUGGAAGCUAUCUUAUGAAGAUCUUCAUUGGCAGCCCACCUCCUCAACAUGAAUGCGGAAGCUCAAAUCAGUGUUUGUACAUUUACGUAUAUGGAGAUCAGUCUCACACGGUGGGAGAUUUGGCUACAGAUUCAAUCGGUUUUGGUACUAGUGAUGGCCAAUCUGUUUCGUUCCCUAAGUUAGUGUUUGGAUGUGGACAUAACAAUAAUGGGAAGUUCAAUAGGCGCAUGGCAGGACUUGUUGGACUAGGUAAUGGUCCUUUGUCCCUAAUUUCACAACUUGGUAAUCAGAUCGGUCGCCAAUUUUCCUAUUGUUUGCCUCCUUUCAACACAAAGGCUGCGACUAAGUUGAGAUUUGGAGAGGAAGCCAAGAUAUCAGCAAAUGGGGUCGUGUCCACUCCCAUGAUCACGAAUCCUAAUAAUCCCACCUUUUACUAUCUCAAUCUUGAAGGUAUCACCAUUGGGCAACAGACAGUGCAGAUUGAUGAAAGCGACAGAAACAUAAUAAUUGAUUCUGGUACGACAUUGACACUUCUUCGAUCAAGCAUUUAUGAGCAGGUUGAAACUUUGGUGAAGAAAGCCAUUGGAGCCGACCAGUGGAUAGUGCAAAACUCUCAAUUAAAUCUGUGUUACAGCAAUGUCAACUCUAUCAACAAUGUUCCAAACUUUGAGGUUCAUUUUACAGGAGCCAACAUUUCCUUAAAACCUCAGCACUUAUUCCUUCUUGUAUCCAACGACGUGAUGUGCCUUGCAAUGUCUCCCACAAAUGGAGAUUCCAUUUACGGAAACGUAGCUCAGAUGGACUUUGAAGUGGAGUAUGAUCUUGAUCAGAAAAAAGUUUCUUUUGCUCCAGCCGAUUGUACUAAACAAUAGAGAGCCUCUUCAAGUACCAGCAAUAAUAUAUA